GCGGAAGUGAAGGAAUUUCUGACUGAGGUGAACUGAGGGAAACAGGCUAUUAUGUCAGAGCUAAGUGAUGAAGCUAGUGAGUCGGAGCUGCUGGACCGCAGCCUGUCCAUGUGGCAUGGGCUGGGUCCAGUGGUCGGUCACCAAGAGUUGGACGUCCCGCUGGACCUUCACACAGCUGCCUCCAUAGGCCAGCAUGAGGUGGUGCAGGCAUGCAUUAAACGUGGGAACCUAGAUCUGAAUCAGCGGAACUGCGGCGGCUGGACUGCCCUGAUGUACGCCUCCUACAUUGGCCAUGACACCAUUGUGCAGCUGCUGCUGAAGGCAGGUGUGAACGUGAACAUACCAACCCCGGAAGGGCAGACUCCUCUCAUGCUGGCUUCUAGCUGUGGAAACGAGAGCGUUGCCUACUUCCUCCUUCAGCAAGGUGCCGAGUUGGAGAUGAAAGACAUCCAUGGCUGGACUGCCCUCUUUCACUGCACCAGUGCUGGCCAUCAGCAAAUGGUGAAGUUCUUACUGGACAAUGGAGCCAACGCCAACUGCAGGGAGCCCCUCUGUGGAUACACCCCCUUGAUGGAAGCGGCAGCUUCUGGCCAUGAGAUCAUUGUCCAGUAUCUUCUCGAUCAUGGCGUGAGGGUGGAUGUAAGAGACAAUACUGGGGCCACAGCACGAACCUUGGCCAUGCAGUAUGGACACACAAAGAUUGUUGGACUGAUUGACCUGCACAUGGCCCCUGUACCCAAGGUCCUUUGCAGGGGCCCAGGAAAAUACGAAGAUCUGAGCUCCUCGGAUGAAUCCUACUCUGCCCCACAGAGACAGAGGCCUGCUCGCAAGUCCAAGGGCCCAAGUAUCCAUGAAGGGCCCCACGCCUUGGCCAAGAUAACUGCAGUCAGGAUUGGAGGGAGGACCCAGUUGCAUUAUAAGCAGGUACCUCCAGAAGGGUACGUGACCUUCAGUGACGAAGGAAGCGGCCCUGAAGUAGGAGACCUCCGGUACAGAGACGUCACCUCUCCCAUCAACGAGCGUGAUGUGGAAAGCAGCAGCAGCCGAGAAGAGACUUCCUCCUUCACUAAUGACCUGGACACCAUCCGGACCACAAGCAGCAGCAGUGAAAGUCUGUCCAAAGCGGUCGAGUUCGGCAGCGAAGGCUCUGUGGAGAGCAAUGAGGAUUCUGACCACAAAACAAAACUAUCCCAGCGGAAACAUGCAAAGAGCUCUGCAAGAGUGAAGAACCAUGACAGCGACUGCCGCUGGUCUUAUAAGUCAAGGACACCGAGUCAGCAUUGCAUCUCCCGAAACCCAGAAGCCCCGUCUUACACAGGAUCACAGGAUCUUGCCACCUUCCUGGAGCAGAUUGGCUGUUUGAAGUACCUGCCAGUGUUUGAGGAGCAAGACGUGGACCUUCGCAUUUUCCUGACCUUAACAGAAAGUGACUUGAAGGAGAUUGGCAUAACCCUCUUUGGACCGAAGAGGAAGAUGACGUCUGCCAUUGCCCGAUGGCACAGCAGUGCGCAGCCUCCAAGUGAUGCCCUCGAGUUGGCCUAUGCAGAUCGCCUGGAGGCUGAAAUGCAGGAGCUGGCCAUUCAGCUGCACAAGAGGUGUGAGGAGGCGGAAAAUCUGAAGGGACAAGUGUCCCAGGAGCAGGAGUUGCGUGCCGUGGUGGAGAGCUGCCUGAUGGAGCGGGACGUGGCCUGGAGCGAGGCCCAGGCAAAGCUGCAAGAGGUGCAGGGCAUCACUAGGAAUGCUGGGAUCCUGCUGGAGCAGAUGCGGGCCUGCCAGGCGGAGCUGUCAUCUCGGCUGACGCAAGAACACAGGGCUGGUCGGCUGCUGGAGGUUACAGCGCCACUGGAAGCCAGCCCUGCAGGAUGGUCCUCCACUUUGAAAGUCCUGAGCCUGCCUGAGCUGUCGACUCUUCUGGAGGAGUGUGUGGGAGAAACGGGGAAAGCCCUUCGUUCUGUCAGCCAAAAGCUCGAGAGACUCCAGAGUCCCCAGAAGGGCAAGGCACCCCAGAAACAGCCCUAGCAGCAGUGGAAGGGGUUCUGACGUCGGGUGAAUGUUCCACCCGGAAGCUGUAUUUGCCUGGGAGCGUGAGCGCAAGAACCACUUGGACUCAGCACAGGCCGUCUGCCCAGAGAGCUGUAGGUUCUCGUCCAAGGGAAAAGAGUCAGGCUGCUGCGUAGAAAGGAUGUCCUGUCUGCUAGGUGAAGCAGGAAUGGGCAGGAGUCCCGCCGCCAAGCCAGAAGAGAUGUGAGUGUGCCCCUUCAAAGCCAGAGGCUCUAAGUGAGCAGGUAAAGGCAGUUCGGUAUCUCUCAGGAGCCCUCCGACACUAUCCAUUUUAGCAACUGAGGAUCCACUCUCUUCUCUGUCCCCCUCACUGUACGCAUCCACGGGGAACAAUCAUAGCAGAGUGCCUGCGCUUAGGGAAUUCGUCUUUUCAUGUGAUCUCCCCAUGAGGCUGGCAAACCUUUCCUGGUCCCAUCCUGUUGGGCUGCAGUUUACGGCACAACUGAACAGGUGCUGUGAGAAUGGAAGGGACGCUCAUAGAGACACUAGUUCUGCUCUCAAAUCUGCCUUAGUCCUUCAUUAAGAGUUGUUGGAUAAUCUCUGUUAAGAGGUGAGUCUUCUGCAGCAGCCGCUGGGUCUCUCUUCUCAUCAACUUGGGACAUGUUUCCCCGCAACCACAAUUCGGCUCUUGUCAUCUUAACCUGAGGUGCUUCCUGUUGUCACAAACCAGAACUGAAUCUCUUCCUGCUGACUUGCCUUGGGAUAUCCCAGUUCCUCUGCAGCCCUGUGAACUCGGCCCACUACCGAUGGCGACUCGUUCUUGUUUUACAGAAUGCAGGAAGUGGCAGUAGAGCCUCUGCCUUUUCCAGGGGCGGUCUCCUUCACUGAAGGCCUCGUUCCACUUAGAAAGCAGAAUUUGGGGUAGGCUGGGGGUAUUCCAGGCUAAUGACGUAGUGUCUACAGAUCGUGGUGCCUCAGUGGAGAGGGUUCCUCGAGGCCAGCAAGAUACAUCAACUAGCAAGGCUGGAAGAAGUGAACAUGUUAUGCCUUUUUUCUUCAGCAAAGCCUAAUAAUUUCUUACAAAACCUUAACCUUGUGUGUUACUGGUGCACAAUCGUGAUUUGUUUUCCAUGUAUGUUUAGAGAGGUGUCAAAAACGUUAUGUGUAAUUGAGGCUAACGUGUUCACAAGUGUUGCUGUGAACAGGAGAGGCCGCAGCUCCUUAUCUAUUUUGUGUGUGUGUGUGUGCGCGCGCGCGUGCGCGUGUGUGCGUGUGUGUGUGCAUGCGUGCGACAAUCCAUUUCCAGGCACCUACGUGAGACCCUAACUUGUCAUGCAAACAACGCAGAAAGAAUAAUAAGUUUCUAAGAAGACAGUGUGUAUAGGCGAUUGCUGGUAGAGAGCCUGCUGUGUUCUGCAUCUUGAGCACAGCUCUGUCCUACCUCCUCUCAUGUGCAUCUGUGCAUCUAGGCCUUCAUAUCCUAAGGGGCCCUUUAUUGAGCCUAUUGAUCUGUGACCGAAAGGAAGGAGGCUGUGGCUCAGUGGAAGAGGGCCUGCUUUGUGUGCAGAAGGUCCCAGGUUCAGUCCCCAGCAUCUCCAGUUUAAAGGAUCAGGCAGUAGGUGAUGUGAAAGAGCUGCUGCCAGUCCAAGAAGACAACAACGACCUUGAAAGGCCAGCUUCAGGGGCUAAGCCAGCCACAUAUGAGGCUCUCCGCCUGCAAUCUGAAGUGGCAGCGCUCAGCUGCUGCUUGAGGGAACUCGGGAGAGAGGCAGCACACCUAUGAAAAGUGUAACUUGGUUUUCUGGCAGCAAAAGUGUUAAAUCUUUACGCCAGUUUGGCAUAGUAGUUAAGAGCGCGGGACUCUAACCUGGAGAGCCGUGUGAUUCCUUGCUCCUCCACUUGAAGCCAGCUGGGUGGCCUUGGGUCAGUCAUAGCUUCUAGGAGCUCUCUCAGCCCUAACCACCUCACAGGGUGUUUUGUUGUGGGGAUAAUAAUGACAUACUUUGUAAACUGCUCUGAGUGGGCAUUAAGUUGUUCUGAA